CGAUGUGAACUGCGCGUUGUGACGAGAGGAACCCGUCGCAAUUAUCUUAAGAAACGUGGCAAAUUUACACCCCGUAGUGGAAGAAAAUAAAAACUUGCACCGGUUGUAAAGUAGAACAGAGAAAUCAAUCUGCAAAGCGAACUGUCUAACCAGUUGUCUAUUGCUUAUCAACUAACCACAGAAUUAAAUGUGUCAAAAUGCCGCGAAUCGAUCCUAUGAAGCUUCUGGUAUGCCUGAGCGUACUUUUGGCCCCGAAUGGAGGAAUUCUCGCGGCAGCAGAAGUCAAGCGGUUGGCCAAUCUGAUGGCCAAAUUUUCUAAAAAGUUGGUCUCCAAGUGUAUAUACAUCCAAAUAUUGAAGUGUACCGAAACAGACCUGCUGGGCCAGUUCAUGCAAACCGGAGGGUGGUCCCUGGUGCACAUGUGGUUGGUCGAUGGGAUUGGCUCAAAAAACUGGCCACUCAUACAGGAGCUAUUGGAACUGCUGCUCUGCUGUCCAGUGGAUGUGGAACGGUUGAAAAUCAACAGCACACCGCGGCUCGUAAAAUCCCUGUCCACGGACAGUGCGCAUGAAAGGGUGCGUGUGUUGGCGACAAAACUGGUCGAACAGUGGCUGUUUAUUGUAAAAGCGCCAAAGCAUUCGUCACCGAUGGUUCCGCUUGCUACUGCCACUUCCGAUACGGCCACAAUCACUGCUGGAGGAGUAACGGUUACACAACAGACCAACGUACCAGCGAUCGCUGCCGGCAGCACUGCUGCUUUCGGAGAAGCUAACAAUAGUGCCAGAGUCGUCGGAUCAGAGGCAACCGGGGGAAGCCACAUGUACAAUGGGUCUGCCGAGGGUUCCGUCGCUAAUCUAGCGGAAGACAACGACAAAGAACGGACAACGCAGUUGAUGAAACUACGCAAACGAGAGGAUGAUAUCGAUUCGGCCAAGAAAACGUUUCGGGCAGUCGUCGAGCAAGAGGCACACAAGAAAACUUCGCUGGUGCUUAAGAUAACGACCAAGAACGGGAAGCAGGUGGUGGCAAAGGUAGUUUCACCAGGCAACAAGAAGUUGAAACAGGGCACAGAUGCUUCGAUCCAUGGGAACGGAACUGAGGAUGAAGACGAUCAGGAUGAAGACGAUGAAGAAGAGGUGGUGGUCAACAUAGAGUCGGAGAAGCACCCCGACGACACUGUCCUGGAGGCAAAGCAACUGAAGAAGCACGAGCACCACGAGCAUGCUAAAGAGGGCAGAGAAAAAAGUGGUUCGAUCUCUUCUGCGUCGUCAAAAGAUCGCCACCAAAGUCGGGAUCGAGAGAAAGAACGGAAAGGAAGCAGCAGCGGAAGCAAUGGGCGGUCCUCUUCGAAGACCUCAAGCUCCGGUUCGAGUGGUUCAACGAGCAACAGUAGCAGCAGUAAGCACAAAUCUGGUAGCAGCAGCAGAAGCGGGAGCUCAAGCUCUAGUCGGGACAAGGAAAGAGAUCGCCAUGGUGGUAGUAGUAGUAGUAGUAGCAAGCACAAAAGCUCGUCCUCUUCCUCCUCUUCUAAGUCAAGUAGUAGCGGCAGCUCUAAGAGCAGCGGCAGCAGCAGUAGUGAUAAACACAGAGAUCACAAGGACAAAUCGAGCCACUCCGGCGCAAGCGGUAGCAAUAGGGACAAUAAAGAUUCCAAGGGGCAAUCGCUUUCGCCGAGCAGCAGCAGCAAAGUGGCGAAAUUGUCACGCAAGAGCUCAAAAGACGACGGGAACGAUAGUGGGUCAGAGUCGGGCAGCGCUAGUGGUGCUGGCGCCAAGUCGGGUUCGGGCGCCUCAAACGUUCCCGGAAGUGGGCACAAGAAAGCUGCCUCUAUUUCUAUUGAGGUUCGCAACCCCGAAAAUCGACCUAAAACCGUUAAGACGUACAAUUCCCAGUUUCGCUCUCACGGCCUCAUCGAGGAAGCUCCUCCACCGCCAUCUCGGAAGGGUUUGAAGAAACCGUCCACUUCGACGUCGUCCCCCAGCGCCGCCACGCCGCCAGCGGCGAAUACUGCGAAGCGUCUCUCACCGCCACCAUCAUCAUCGCCAUCGUCGUCCAACGGUGGUUCGCUGGAGAAGAGAAUCCGGGAGGAUCCCGUCGAUAGGCCUGGAGCCAUCAAGCUAAUAGCGGCCCCAAAACGACAGCAUGCACUAGUCGAGUCGGAUAUGUUUAUGGAUGCCCUGUCGGCGACACUACGCAAGGACGUUAAGAAGCGCAAACGAAGAACGAGUGGAUCGGAAAGCACUGGAAGUACCGGCGUCGUCACCGUUGGCAAAGCUAGCGAAAGCGAAAAACCGUGCGACAACUCCCCGACGAAGACGACAGUAGCACCGGAAAGUCCAACAACCCCAACGGCGGCAACAGGAACAACGAUAGUUAGCGAAGCUAAACCGGAAAUGGCCCCAGCAACACCGACGAGCCCCGCGCCCAAAGCAAUUCCCCCGCCGAUUGUAGCCCCGAUGUCUUUCUACCGUGACACGCUCGCCGAGGACGACGAAACUUCGCCCAAAGAUGGCGACCUAAAGCGGGAGGGUUCUGAGGAAGUAACAGCGGUGGCCAGUGGCGUUGCUUCCGCUGAUGUGAAAGCGGAAUCGGAAGCGAUGGAGGUCGAUGUGGAGGACAACGAGGAAGAGGAUCAGGGGAUCAUCCGAAAGUCGAAACGUAUGAAAAUGGCGUUAAAGAGUGAUGAUGAAGACGAUGAGAUGGGCGAGGGAGAGAGUCUGAAAGGGUCGGUAAAGAAAGAAUCGGAGACCGGUGAAGAGGCCGACGAGACGAAGACUGAGCAGAACGCUCUUGUAGACGCGAUGAUGACCGACGUAGAGAUGAAGAUGGCCGCCGAAGAGGCGGAAGGAGAAACAUCAGAGACCAACCGGGAGCCGGAUGAUGAUGGCUCGACGGAGGAGAACGGCGACAAGGUGAAGAAGCCUCCCGGGCCGGGCUGUGGUCCAAAUGGCCCCCCGGGUGUGCUGGUUAUCCAUCGGCGGAAGGGUCCGAAGAAGCAGCUGCGCUGGCGAGCGGCUGAUGACCUUGAGGAGAUUCGCUACUUCGAGCUGGACGUAACGGAGCGGUGCAAUGUGACCAAAUCGUUCACGGACAUGAAACAGAUGGAGCGUGUCGACGAGCGGCAAAAGUUCAUGAUGGCGCGCAAGGUCGGAUCGGAGGACAACAUGACAGAGCGCACCGCCUGGAGGGCAGUACUAGUGGUGGACAACGUGCCUCCGUCGCCGGACGGUAGCCAGAGUCUGGAACGGAACAUACAGCAGCAGCGCGAGCGAAGUGUCUUGCAGGCACUGUACUUUAACAAGAGUAUGAUUCCGGAUUCACCGUUCGAGGCGGAUCCGGUCGACACCUACCAAACGGCUGAUCCGGUACACAUUCCGCUCGAGGACGUGACGGGCAAUCCGGACUCGGUCAACGAUUUUACCAGCAUGCCGUGGCCGGACGCGAGGUCCACUCCACCGCACGAGUCGGCCGCAUUCAAUUCACCGUUCUUUCCCACCGAUUUGCCUCCGGCGGCCGGUUUCGGCCCCGGCGGCUUCCCACCACCGUUUGCCGCCGGCGGUCCGGCCCCUUGGCAGUUGCCCGGGCCACCGGGAGCGGCCGUUGGUGGUGGCCCCCGGACGAGUCUGCCACCGGGUAUUUUCUCCGCGCUCAAUCAGCCACCACCCGGGAUGCCUCCGAUGGUCGUGGGUUCCUCCGGGUCCGCUGGAGGUGCCGCUGGCGGCGGUGGUGGCAACAGCCCCAACAUUCUCAACCUUCCUCUAAACAUUCCACCAAACGUGCCACCACCGGGUAUGUUUCCCGGAGCGGCCACGUUUAACUCGCCACCGCCCGACAUCGCCCUGCUCGAGGCUGCAGGCCGCCGUGGCGGGGACGGUAACUUCCGAGGUGGAAUCCCACCUCCGUGGAUUAACAAUACCCGUUCGUUUGGCGGUAGCGCUGGCAACCACCCACCGAGGGGUGGGGGCUUUGGCGGCCACCGUGGUGGUGGUCCUGGCGGAAACUGGAACACCCGUAACGCGGGCAACGGCAAUCGUGCCGGCGACAGGGGUCGCAAUGGGGACGACAACCGCGGCAAUUAUCGCGGGCCACCGGGAGCCGGUGCUCCAUGGAUGCAAACUAGUCGUGGCCACAACAACCGGGGUGCUGGCGGUGCACGCAAGUGGUAGCACCACGCCACGCUGGUAGAUGACGGGAUGAUGCUCUCGGAGGACGAAGGCAAGAUGGUGGAGGAGCUCCACGCCUAAAAGCCUCGCCCCCCGAUCCUCGCUUCAACUGUUGGUUAAUUUUGUUUAUAGAACGUAGCGUGAAUCGGAUGGACAAUUUUCUGGUGGUCAGCAAGCGGGGCAGAGGAAGGAAAAAGCGGGGCAGCUCCUCGCGUGAUGUAAAUAAUAAUCAAGACUUUUCUCGCGGCGUUGGAUUAGAACAGGGGUCUCUUCUGCGGCUAACGUUUUCGAGUGUGGUUUAGCAUUUAUUUGAAAUUCAGGAAAAACACUCCUAAACGGCGUUAGUGCGUGGAGAGGUGGUCUCCAGAUCAAGGCACGAUUGUAGCGCAGAACGGGAAGGGGCGCAAAAGAGGAUAGAAAAUAAAGUAAAUAGGCCAAAACCGUGUGACACACGGAUCACGCGAUAAGAAUACCGAAACGUGAGCACCGAGACCCGUUUUUCUUUGUUCUUGAGAAUACUUCGAGCUGCGACUGCGUUUCGUUCUGGGGUCUUUCUUUCAGUAGGGUUCUUUAGAACACGAUUUAGCAUCUCUAUUGUUUAAGCUAACAGGGGUUGUUCAUGUUGUUUAAUCGGCGCUGAGGCUUAGGAAUAACGCUUAUUGUGGUGGGUAGUAGCGGAUCAGAAUUCAUCAAGUUGGAGAGUUUGAUAAAUGCGCCGAGAGGUAGAAGCAUAGGUUUACGCGAUUUCAUAGAGCAUAAGCGAUACGUUUUGAGGGUAACAUUGGCGUUGCU